AUGACGAUGUUAUAUAUAACUGACCCGCAGAGCAGUUUUGCUGCAAAAUGCCUUUUGCGCGAGAGCAGGCUUGUGCGUCAGGCAGGCUUGUGCGAGGGCCGGCCCGUCACCCUCCCGGCCCCCCGACCAUUUUGUAAGCCCGGCCCGGCCCGGCCUUAGCGGGCCUCAAGAAAAAUGGCCCGCCCGGCCCGAAUCGCGCAAUUUUUUUCUAGUCGGAUAUCAAGUUUUUUUACGACAAAAAAAUUACGUUUUUUUGCUCAUUUUUUUCUCUUAAAGUUUAACAAAAAAACUAUGAUUUGAGAAGUAAAAGUCACAUUUCGGUGAAAAAUUUUUUUAAAUGAAAUUUUAAAUUUUUUUGAAGCCCGGCCCUGGCCCGCCCGAGCCCACACGGGCUUUUUCCUGAAAAUAAGGCCCAAAGCCCGGGCCGGGCCGCCCGGCCUGUCGCACAAGCCUGGCUUCAGAUGUCUGUUAAAAAAAAAGCAAAAAAUUCAACAUGAAGAAAUUUUGAGCUUUUUGGGCCGUGCCGGCGGCUUUUCGAAGGCCUGGCCGGGCUUGCCCGGGGCCGAUAAGCUGACGGGUCGGCCCUCGCACAAGCCUGGCGGGAAUUAA